AUGCCUAGAGUCUGGUUCAUUACCGGCUGCUCCUCCGGGUUCGGCCGCGAGAUUGCGAUCGCCGCUGCGAAGAACAACGACACCGUGGUUGCUACCUCGCGCGAUGCCUCCAAGCUCGCGGACCUACUGCCGUUGGGAAUCACCCCCAAGGCGCUUGAUAUCACAGGAGGUGACGCGGAGAUUAAGGCCAUUGUCGAUGAUGUCGAGUCCACCGUUGGACCCAUCGACGUCCUCGUCAACAACGCAGGCUAUAUCCUCGAGGGCGCGGUUGAAGAGUGCAGCGACGAAGAAAUCCUCACGCACUUCGAUGUCAACGUCUUCAGCCAAAUCCGGCUCCUCCGCGCAAUCCUGCCGUCAAUGCGCGCCCGGAAAUCAGGCGUAAUCGCCAACAUCGGCUCGAUCGCCGGAUGGAGCGGCCACCCCGCAGCAGGCUUCUACUGCGCCUCAAAAGCCGCGGUGGCGAUGUACACCGAGGCUCUGCGCGCUGAACUCGCCCCGCUGAAUAUCGACGUGACGUGCAUCGAGCCGGGGUAUUUCCGCACCAACUUUCUGAGCAUGAGUGGCGGGCACAAGGUUACUGCGUCAAAUCGCAUCCCUGACCUCCAUGCUGGGACGCAGGCGAAUCGUGAUGCGUUGGUCGCGUAUAGUGGGUAUCAGCCUGGGGAUCCGGCUAAGGGGGCUAGGGUCAUUGUUGAGGCUUUGACGAAGUCGGGGCGUUGUGAGGGGCGCACGGUGCCGGCGAGGUUGGCGUUGGGGCGGGAUGCGGUUGAGUUCAUUGGGGCGUGUUUGGAGCGGGAGAGGGAGAUGUUGGAUAGUUGGAAGGAGAUUAUUGCUUCCACGGAUUGCGAUGAUGUUCUGAAUACCUAA